AUGUGGAGUACUGCAAAUAGAGUCAUUGAUGAACAAGCUAAGAUUCAAGAACACAUAAAUCAUCUCGAAAGGAUUAAAAAUAUCAGACCUACAUUGAAAUAAUGCAAAAAAGUCAAAACUUGAGAAAUCCCUCGGUCCAUAUUCUCGUAAAAACAGAAUAAAAAUAGACCGGUCUAACGAGAUCAUGUACCAGAACCAGAUGCUCCUCAGAAGAAUAGAGGAGAUAAACAACAACAAAAGGCCAACCACCACAUUUCAGGUUAAGGACAUCAAGAAAAGAAAGAAAAACAGCAAAAGUCUUAAUACCACCAUGAGGAUCAACAAAGAUAAAGAAAGAAUCAGGGAGAAUAGAAGGUUUGUUGAUAAACUAGUCCAUAUAAAACCAGUUAUCUCAACUAAUAAACUCAAGAAAGAGUACAAUAAACAGAGAUAUUUCAAGAACCAGAUAAGCAAAAACUCGAACAAAUAUUACCACAACAAGUUCUUUUACGAAAACUUUGACAAAAAGUUAUCCCCUUUCUUAUGGGAAGACAAAUCUGACAUCGAGUCUGUAUACUUGACUAAUUCCCCAUUGAAGGAUACGAUGAGCAGUUCGAUCAAUUAUGACAAUGACUACACACAAGAGACAAGAAACUUUUACACACAUAAACAAUCAAGGAGAAUUAGAAGCGGAAAAAACUAUGCUAUCAGGCUUAGAUCUGGCAAAACCAAAACAAGAGGGGCUAAAAGUAGACUCUCUAGAAGAAACAAUAAGAUCAAGAUUGGCUACCAGAAGAAGUUCAGGAGACCCUUCAGUGCGAUUAACAACUGAACUGACCUAUCAAUCAGACCGACUGAUUUUGUAGAUGAGGCUACUCUCCAGAUCCACAAUGAAAGUUCAAGUCAAGAUACUGGUGAUGAUAAGAUUAAAUCCGUCCUUGCAAAGCAGUUGAUCAACACCUUUGGACGUCCAGCAGAAAAUCAGAAUUCAAGCAUAAAUGGAAAUGAAUAA